CAGUGCUCUCACUACAUCGCACGCGGCCACAUUCUUCAGCACGAGUAGAUUCAACGUUAUACCGGACGGAGCUUCGUCCCGCGCGUGAAGGGCAAGCACUUCUCCAAAACAAACGACAGACAGGCUCUCAGCGGGACGCCACGGGCACCGGCAAGAGCACACGAGUGGUAGCGAAAGGCGCGCACGGCACAAUUACCCUCACACAACCAAGCGAGCGAGGACCAUGGAGAGCGCAGUGAACGGCUCGGACGCGGAUUACCGGAGUCAGCCCGUGUUUUAUAACAGUAGCAGCUUCUGUCGGAACUUCACUGACAGCAACGACAGCACGAGCUUCACGGAGGCGAGAUGUGACGGCAACCGCAGGCUGACAGGCAGGCUCGAGGACGACGCCAACCCGGUCAUCAUAGCGAUUGUUAUCACCGCGCUGUACUCCAUCGUGUGUGUGGUGGGGCUGGUAGGGAACGUGUUGGUCAUGUACAUCGUGGUCAGAUACACUAAAAUGAAGACUGCAACCAAUAUCUACAUCUUCAACCUGGCCCUGGCUGACACCUUAGUCACCAGCACGCUACCAUUCCAGAGUGUCAACUUGAUGGGGACCUGGCCGUUUGGGGACAUGCUGUGCAAGAUGGUGAUGUCCAUCGACUACUACAACAUCACCUCCAUCUUCACGCUCACCACUAUGAGCAUAGACCGCUACAUUGCUGUGUGCCACCCAGUCAAAGCUCUGGACUUCAGGACACCACGCAACGCCAAGAUCGUCAACGUCUGCAACUGGAUUCUCUCCUCCGCCAUCGGACUGCCUGUCAUGUUCAUGGCUUCAACUGCCGUCACUCCCUCCAGCAUUGUUGACUGCAAGCUGAUUUUCCCCCACCCUUCCUGGUACUGGGACACACUGCUAAAGAUCUGUGUGUUCAUCUUUGCCUUCAUCAUGCCCGUCCUCAUCAUCACCGUGUGCUACGGCCUCAUGAUCCUGCGGCUGAAGAGUGUGCGCAUGCUGUCGGGCUCCCAGGAGAAGGAUAGAAACCUGCGUCGGAUCACACGCAUGGUCCUUGUGGUGGUUGCAGUCUUCAUUGUUUGCUGGACACCAAUCCACAUCUUUGUAAUCAUCACAGCUCUGAUCAACAUCCCCAGCUCCACACUGCAGACUAUUACCUGGCACUUCUGCAUCGCACUGGGCUACACAAACAGUAGUCUGAACCCAGUUCUUUAUGGAUACCUGGACGAGAACUUCAAGCGUUGUUUCCGUGAGUUCUGCACCCCAAGUCCUUCUGUGUUGGAGAUGCAGAACUCUUCCCGGACCGGGGCCACUAGCCGCAAGAUGCCACAGCGCGAACACAACAGUGCCAACACAGGGGAGAGGUCCAAUCAACAGGUAUGACUAGCCUUGGAGGGGUCGUCGAUGGACACUCGCGUUGCCAACGACGAUCUCAACUCGGAGAUUACACAGGUCACCACAGGGCUCUGACGAAGCAAACACAAAUCAAACACACAAACCAUCCAGGACCAGGCUGAGAAACAACAGCACAGACCAGUGUGAAUAUGUAAGGGGAAAUCGUCUGCCAGCCAGUCUUAGUGCAUGGCAGUACAAGGCUCUUACUUAAACAGAUGAAGAAAUGUGUCAAGCUAAGUUAAACAGAAAACCAUGAUGCAUGAUUAUAUCAUGACCUCAUGGCUGAGGAAGUUGUUGCACUAACUUGUGGAAUAAAACUGUCAUGACUUCACAUUUAAAUGUAUGUAAUUACACUUAGAAUGACAAUAUGAACCAGAGAGACAGAACAUGUGCAGUAAACAAAGAUAGAUGUGUGGAUGGAUCUAAAAAAAAGAGUUACACAACUUAAUAAUGUGAUUUCUUUCCUA